AUGAGACGAGGCGCAGACGGCGAGCGCGGCUACAUGCAGAUGAGCCGGACCUGGACCCCAAUAGGGACACCCCAGGACGCCACUUACACGUUUGGACCGGACCCUCAGUACCCGGACCCGGACUCGGACCCAGACCCGGACCCGGACCCGGACCCGGACCCGGACCCGGACCCGGACACAGAUUUGGACUCGGAUUCGGACUCGGAUCCAGAUCUACAUUUAAUAUUCACGUUCUAA